UUUUUAAUAGGAAAUAAUGGCAGUUUAGCGAAGUGUUGACUUCAGAGUAUGCGGGUACUUGGGUGCAGUUUGGGCGGAACGCUGGAAGUGAGACAGUCCGCCUUCCGCUGAGCUCCAGCCUGCGGGACUUCUCCUCGAGGCGAGGCGCGCGAAGGGUUAACGCGCGUGGCGGAAGAGGCCGGAGACGCGAGCGCUGCGGUGCGCUGCCCCCGGAAGUGAAACACAGUAAGGUAAACAAGGGGACUGGAGCCUGCAGCGGAAGAGGAGCGCGAGAAAUUAAGGGCAGACGCGGCGGAUCGCCGUGUAGCGGUGCGGAAAAGAGUGCGAACAGAGUGCGGACAGAGAAGAUGUGCGCUGACACACAACGCUCACCACAUGUCUUUGUUAAUCAGCUCCGUCAGUGACACGCAGUCCCAAAUAACUCACUCACUCACUGCAUCUCGCUCCUCUUUUCCUCAAGACAAAAGGUGGGAGGAAGUUUGUGGAGCAUGAGGCUGGUGUGUUCCAAAGCUAAAGAUGGAUAAGUGUAAAAAUGCUGCCCAGGACAUUUCCAGAUUGCUAGAUGACCCAGGCACUCAGCACUGUAGUGGCCUUGGGAGUGACGUAGGAAAUGGCCUGUGUCCCAGCACUGUGCUCAUGACAGAUCCCGACUCUGCUGCCUGCCAGAAGCAGAGGGACAGUCCAGUGAGCACCAGCGGGAUAUGGGCCACACCAGUUAUGAGAGUGGAGACUUUUGGGACCUUAAAGGAGGACUGGCAAGAGGAUGAAGAGGGGAUAGUUGACAUGCAGAGACAGAAAGACCUGGAUGCCUCUUUGGAAGAGAACUUCGAUGUGAAAACAAGAAAAACAAAGAGACUUGAAGACAAGGUCUUGAAAACUGGGGACAAUGAGGAGAGGGAAUCAUUGUGGAAGGAGAAAAUAGACAUUCUUGAAGUAGCCAGCCAUUGCCUGGAGACCCCUGUUUGUCAGGAAGAUUCAAGUAGAUCUGGGUUUAAGGAAGAUGGCUUUAAAAGCAGAAACAAAGAUGAGGAGAUCAGACAUGAUAGGUGGGAACAGCUGAAGAGUGAGGCAAAUGAGGAGGAAGUAGAUAUAGAUGGAGAUAGAUCAAAACGAAGCGAAGGUAGAAGGGUUUCGGAGAUGAAUGAAGAAUCAGGGUCACAGAGGUCCGGAGGAGAGAAGCAGAAGAGAGGCAAAAGCAGAAACAGUUGCGAGCAGAGCCAGCAAUCAGUGGCUUUCUCUUUCUCAAAACCUCUGACUUCUUCUGGGGGGAGACAUAAGCAGGCUAGGAGGCGACACCACCACCAUCACCACCACCAGGGGAGAUCCAGGGGACAUAUGAGUAGGAUAGCAAUUGCAUGCCGUGAGUUCCUAUCAGAAUCACUGCCUCCUUGGUGCCUGUCCUGCUUCCGAAUGGUCGUGGAGCUCAUCGUUCUGGUGGCUCAUCAGUGUGGGGAGGCGGUCGAGGCUGGAGGGGCAGUGGUUUAUGACUCUGGCUCUCGGCUUCUUAGCAAAGCCAAAAACCUGCAUGCUAUGCAGGCAGGGGCCUGGUAUCUGCUAAGAAGGAUGCACACCACAGGAGUGAUGCUGGUGGGGUGGGCCGUAGAUUUGAUGAGGCAAAUGUCUACCUCCUGUCUCAGUUUCCUUUCCAAGGCUAUGCUGCUGAAAUCUAUGUUCUUCCAAGGCCUGCUGGACAGACUAGGAGGAAAUGGAGGCAACAGGUGGUGGACUGCAUUUUUAAACUCCUGUGCUUGGAAGUGCACUGUGGUUUUCUUGAAGAAAGUACAGUCUUUGUUUUGGGGAAGCAAUCCCCUGACUUCCAGCUCCACUUCUGAGUCCAGCAGUGGUGUGGGUAGAUGUCACCCUGGAAAGGAGCUGGAAAGACUCCUGGGUUUAGCGCACAUCCCCGAAGAUGAAUUAAACCCCUUUGUUGUGCUUGGAGUAGAGGAGAAUGCCACAGACCCUGAGCUGAAGAAGGCCUAUAGACAACUGGCUGUACAGGUUCACCCAGACAAGAACAAACACCCUCGUGCUGGAGAAGCCUUUAAGGUCUUAAGAGCUGCUUGGGACAUAGUUAGUAACCCAGAAACAUACAGGCAGUACCAGCUGAAACGAAUGGCAGAGACGGAACUAUCCAGGUCAAUGAAUGAGUUUCUCACCAAGCUGCAAGAUGACCUGAAGGAAGCCAUGAACACCAUGAUGUGCACUAAAUGCGAGGGCAAACACAAGCGAUUUGAGAUCGAAAGGGACCCUGGAGAGGCUCGGUAUUGUGCAGAGUGCAAAAAGCACCACAGUGCAGAGGAGGGGGACCUUUGGGCUGAAUCCAGCAUGCUGGGAUUGCGGAUCACCUAUUUCUCCUUCAUGGAUGGGAAGGUCUAUGACAUCACUGAGUGGGCUGCUUGCCAGCGAAUAAGCAUUACUCCUGACACUCACCGUGUGCCCUACCACAUCUCCUUUGGGGCAAAGAACAGCAACAGCACACGCCACAGGAGCCCAUCAGAGCACUACUCUGGUCCACAUUCACCUGCUGACUUACAGGACUUCUUUAAUCGCAUCUUCCAGGGAGGGCCUCCCAGCAGCAUGACUGCCAAUGCGGGAUUCUUCCCCUCGGCUUCACGACCUCACCGCCCCGCAGGAUCGGGCAGCAACUUUUUCUCCUCACCCCCUCCACAGCCAGGUUUUUUCACACCUGGUGGGCAGUGGGCUGAAAGUGGUGAGCCCCGGACUGACGGCUCCAAGCCUGUUCGCAGGAGAAAGAAAAUUCGAAAGCCUUUCCAGCGGUGAGCUGAACUAACCUCAGAUAACACCGGGCUCUUGUUGAUUGAACCCUGCUUUCAUUACUGUUCCCCUUUGCGCUCCUGGGCUGAGGGACCAGCUGAAUUCAGAAAGCUUCUGUUAGGGAGUUGCCACUGUCUAAAGCAGGAAGCAGAGAUCCUGGUAAGGAUAUAGGCAAGAAGCAGAGAUCCUGGUAAGGAUAUAGGCAAUUUAUAAGCAAUUUCAAUUUUGAAGAGCGCUGUGUGUUUUGGGUGGAUCUUAUUGUUUUGCGUUAUUUUUGGUUUAUCUUGUUUUCAUAUUUGGAAAUGUAGCCAUACAAAAGUUGAUCCAAUCAGUAUUUCAUCUGUCCUUCAUUUGUUAUGCUCUGCAGUUUAAAAUUUUCAUACAUGUUUUAGCCGAUAAUGAGAAAAGACUGUGCCUGUAAGAUGCAAACCGAAGUUACUAAAUAAAAGAAAUAGUUUCUCCAACACUUAUACAAUGAAUGCCUACAGUGCGCUGCUAAGGGUACCUUAACAAUUGUCCAGGUAUUUCACCAGUUACACCUCUGAUAGAUUGACUUUAAAUUAAGAAUGCAAUAUGCAUAAAGAAUAUGAAAAUAGUAAAAAGGGAAUUACAUUUAAAUUCUAGUUCAAAG